GAAAAAUAAAACAGGACGGAUUAAAGGUGCCGAGCGUCCAUCCUCUUCAGCCACGCCUGGACCCCAUGAAGGUGCGGAGGGACGCUGCUGCAACACCACAGACAGACAGACAGACAGACAGACAGACAGCACACUGUGUUUUUAACCUCUGCAACCUCUUGUUCAGCUUGAAAAAAGCCACUUAGUGAAGGGCACGGACAAAAAAUACGGAUCGAGCUCACCUACUGUGCCUGCAGCUGAAAAACAGCUACAAUGACGGACGCAGACAAGUUCCUGUACGGGGACCGCAGUGGGGCGAACAACCCCCUGGUCCAGGCUGAUUGGGCCACCAAGAAGCUGGUGUGGAUCCCAUCCGAGAAGCUGGGCUUUGAGUCUGGCUCCGUCAAAGAGGAGCAUGGAGACGAGUGUACGGUGGAGCUGUCCGACACUGGCAAGAAGGUGAAGGUAAACAAGGAUGACAUUCAGAAGAUGAAUCCACCCAAGUUCAGCAAGGUAGAGGACAUGGCGGAGCUCACCUGCCUGAAUGAGGCCUCUGUGCUGCACAACAUCAAGGAGAGAUACUACUCUGGACUCAUCUAUACGUACUCUGGUCUCUUCUGCGUGGUGGUCAACCCAUACAAGUACUUUCCCAUCUACAGUGAGGAGAUAGUGAACAUGUACAAGGGCAAGAAGAGACACGAGAUGCCUCCUCAUAUCUAUGCCAUCACAGACACAGCCUACAGGAGCAUGAUGCAGGACCGUGAGGACCAGGCCAUCCUUUGCACUGGUGAAUCUGGAGCAGGAAAAACGGAAAACACCAAGAAAGUCAUUCAGUAUCUCGCCCAUAUCGCCUCAUCUUUCAAAUCCAAGAAAGAUCAGGGCAGUGCAGUGUUAUCACAUGGGGAACUGGAGAAACAGCUGCUGCAAGCUAACCCCAUUCUGGAGGCCUUCGGCAACGCAAAGACUGUCAAGAACGAUAACUCUUCAAGAUUUGGAAAAUUCAUCAGGAUCAACUUUGACGUCAAUGGAUACAUCGUUGGAGCUAACAUUGAAACUUAUCUGCUGGAGAAGUCUCGGGCCAUCCGACAAGCCAAAGAUGAGAGGGGCUUCCACGUCUUUUACUACUUGCUUUCAGGAGCAGGAGACAAGAUACGCUCUGAGUUGUGUCUGGAAGAUUUCAGCAAGUACCGUUUCCUGUCCAAUGGAAACGUGACAAUUCCCGGCCAGCAGGACAAGGACAUGUUCACUGAGACCAUGGAUGCCUUUCAGAUCAUGAGCAUCCCGGAUGAAGAAAGAAUUGGUCUGUUGAAGGUGGUGGCAGCAGUGCUGCAGUUGGGGAACAUGUCUUUCAAGAAGGAGCGUCACUCUGACCAGGCUUCCAUGCCGGACAACACUGCUGCCCAGAAAGUGUGUCACCUGUUGGGCAUCAAUGUGACCGACUUCACACGAGCCAUCCUGUCUCCCAGAAUCAAGGUUGGCAGAGACUACGUGCAGAAAGCCCAGACCCAGGAGCAGGCGGAGUUUGCGAUCGAGGCACUGGCCAAAGCCUCUUAUGAGAGGAUGUUCCGCUGGCUGGUGAUGCGGAUCAAUAAAGCUUUGGACAAGACAAAGAGGCAGGGAGCCUCCUUCAUUGGCAUCCUUGAUAUUGCUGGAUUUGAGAUCUUUGAGCUGAACUCAUUUGAACAAAUGUGCAUCAACUACACCAACGAAAAGCUGCAGCAGCUCUUCAACCACACCAUGUUCAUCCUGGAGCAGGAGGAGUACCAGAGGGAGGGCAUCGAGUGGAGCUUCAUCGACUUCGGCCUUGACUUGCAGCCGUGCAUUGACCUCAUUGAAAAGCAUGCUGGUCCUCCAGGCAUCCUGGCUCUGCUGGAUGAAGAGUGCUGGUUCCCAAAAGCCACAGACAAAAGCUUUGUGGAGAAGGUGGUUCAGGAGCAGGGAUCAAACCCCAAGUUUCAGAAACCAAAGAAACUGAAGGACGACGUUGAUUUCUGCAUUAUCCACUAUGCUGGAAAGGUUGACUACAAAGCGGAUGAAUGGCUGAUGAAAAACAUGGAUCCUCUGAAUGAGUGUGUGGCCACCUUGCUCAACCAGUCUGGGGACAAAUUCAUCGGUGACCUGUGGAGAGACAUGGACCGUAUUGUCGGCCUGGAUAAGGGGGCAAUGUCAGACUCAAUGCAUGGCGCGUUCAAAACCCGCAAGGGCAUGUUCCGCACUGUAGGUCAGCUAUACAAAGAACAACUGGGUAACCUCAUGACCACACUAAGAAACACCAACCCAAACUUUGUUCGCUGCAUCAUCCCAAACCACGAGAAGAAGGCUGGUAAACUAGAGCCUCACCUUGUACUGGACCAGCUGAGGUGUAAUGGAGUCCUAGAGGGGAUUCGCAUCUGUAGACAGGGUUUCCCCAACCGUAUUGUCUUCCAGGAGUUCAGACAAAGGUAUGAAAUCCUGACUCCAAAUGCCAUCCCAAAGGGCUUUAUGGAUGGAAAGCAAGCCUGUGUGCUCAUGAUCAAAGCUCUGGAGCUGGACCAAAACCUGUACCGCAUCGGUCAGAGUAAAGUGUUCUUUAGAGCCGGCGUCCUGGCUCACCUGGAGGAGGAGCGAGACAUUAAGAUCACUGACGUCAUCAUCAGCUUCCAGGCCUGGUGCAGAGGAUACGUGGCCCGCAAAGCCUUUGCCAAGAGACAGCAGCAGCUGACCGCCAUGAAGGUGAUCCAAAGGAACUGUGCUGCGUACCUCAAACUCAAGAACUGGCAGUGGUGGAGACUUUUCACAAAGGUGAAGCCUCUGCUGCAGGUGACUCGGCAGGAGGAGGAGAUGCUGGCCAAAGACGAGGAGCUGGUAAAGGUGAUGGAGAAACAGUCUCGGGCUGAGGAGCAGAUUCAAGAGCUUGAGACCAAACAGCAACAGCUGAAUGCAGAGAAGUUGGCUCUUCAAGAACAGCUUCAGGCUGAGACUGAGCUGUGUGCAGAGGCCGAGGAGAUGAGAUCCCGUCUAGCCACCAGGAAACAGGAGCUGGAGGAGAUCCUCCAUGAUCUGGAGUCUCGUCUGGAGGAAGAGGACGAGAGAGCCACUCAGAUGCAUGCAGAGAGGAAAAAGAUGCAGCAGAACAUCACGGAUCUGGAGCAGCAGCUGGACGAGGAGGAAGGAGCUCGACAGAAACUUCAGAUGGAAAAGGUAACCACGGAUGCCAAGCUGAAGAAGCUGGAGGAGGACGUGAUGGUGCUGGACGACCAUAACAGCAAACUUAACAAGGAGAAAAAGCAGCUGGAGGAGAGGAUCUCAGAGUUCACCACCAAUCUGACUGAGGAGGAGGAGAAGUCCAAAAGUCUGCAGAAACUUAAGAAUAAACAUGAAGCAAUGAUCACAGAUUUGGAGGACCGUCUGAGAAAAGAGGAGAAACAGCGUCAGGAGUUGGAGAAGAACCGCCGUAAACUUGAGGGAGACUCGACUGAUCUUAAUGACCAGAUCGCAGACCUGCAGGCCCAGAUUGCUGAACUCCGAGCUCAGCUGGCCAAAAAAGAGGAAGAACUCCACGCUGCACUGGCCAGAAUUGAGGAAGAGGCUGCAGCCAAGAAUUCGGCCCAAAAGAGGAUAAGGGAGCUUGAGGCUCAGAUCUGCGAGCUGCAGGAGGAUCUUGAGAUGGAGAGGCAGGUGCGCACAAAGGCUGAGAGACAGCGCCGGGACCUGGGAGAGGAGCUGGAGGCACUGAAGACUGAGCUGGAGGACACUUUGGACUCAACUGCAGCUCAGCAGGAGCUCAGGUCCAAGCGAGAGACAGAGGUUACCCACCUGAAGUCGACUCUGGAGGAAGAGGCCAAGAUCCACGAGCAGCAGAUGGCCGACAUGAGACAAAAACAUAAUCAGGCCUUUGAGGAGCUGAAUGAACAGCUGGAACAGGCUAAAAGGAGCAAGGCAUCAAUGGAGAAAGCCAAGCAGGCCUUGGAGAGUGAGUGGAAUGAGCAGCAGAUCGAGUUGAAGACUCUCACUCAAGGAAAAGUAGACUCUGAGCAACGUCGUAAGAAGGCUGAAAGCCAGGUUCAAGAACUUCAGGUGAAAUUAGGAGAGAGUGAACGGCAGACGCAGGAGGCCACUGACAAGCUGGCCAAGUUGCAGGCUGAGCUGGAGAAUAGUAACUGUCUUCUGAGUGAAGCAGAAGGGAAAAACAUCAAAUCCAGCCAAGACCUUUCCUCUACAGCAUCUCAGCUGCAGGACACACAGGAGUUGCUCGAUGAGGAGAAUCGUCAGAAGUUGACCCUCUCCAGCCGCCUGAGGCAGAUGGAGGACGAGCAGAACAGCCUGCGAGAGAUGCUGGAGGACGAGGAGGAAAGCAAGAGGAAUGUGGAGAAGCAGGUUGCCACUCUGCAGGCCCAGCUGACGGAUAUGAAAAAGAAGCUGGACCAGGAGGCUUUAUCUCUGGAGGGUUCAGAGGAGGGCCGCAAGAAAGUCCAGCGUGAGCUGGACAGCAUCACGCUGCAGCUGGAGGAGAAGACAUCUGCUUACGACAAGCUGGACAAGACGAAAACCCGCUUACAGCAGGAGCUGGAUGACCUGAUAGUGGACCAAGACCAUUUGAGGCAGGCUGUCUCCAACCUGGAGAGGAAGCAGAAGAAGUUUGACCAGAUGCUGGCCGAGGAGAAAACUAUCUCCUCUCAGUAUGCAGAAGAGCGCGACAAGGCCGAGGCUGAGGCCAGGGAGAAGGAGACUCGUGCACUGACACUGGCCCGCGAGCUGGAAACCAUGACUGACAUCAAAGAUGAGUUGGAUCGAACCAAUAAGGUGCUGAAAGCUGAGAUGGAAGACCUGGUCUCCUCCAAGGAUGAUGUUGGCAAGAGUGUUCAUGAGCUUGAGAGGUCAAAGCGUGCGAUGGAUCAGCAGCUGGAGGAGAUGAGAGUUCAGCUGGAGGAGCUGGAGGAUGAGCUGCAGGCCACAGAGGACGCCAAACUUCGUCUGGAGGUCAACAUGCAGGCCAUGAAGGCCCAGUUUGACCGAGACCUGCAGGCCAGAGAUGAACAGGGAGAGGAGAGGAGGAAACAGCUGGUUAAACAGGUGCGUGAGAUGGAGUUGGAGCUGGAGGAUGAACGCAGGCAGCGUUCUCAGGCCCUAUCAGCCAGGAAAAAACUGGAGCUGGACCUGGGAGAGCUUGAACAGCAGAUCGAUGCUGCCAACAAGGGCCGCGAUGAGGCCCUCAAACAGCUGAAAAAACUCCAGGCCCUGAUGAAAGAGCAGAUGAGAGAGCUGGACGAUCUGCGUCUGUCUAGAGAUGAAGCCGUCAACGGACAUAAGGAGACUGAGCGGAAGCUUAAGGCCAUGGAGGCAGACGCCUUGCACUUCCAGGAGGAUCUGGCCACUGCAGAGAGACUCAAGAGACAAAUCCAGGUGGAGAGAGACGAGAUCCAGGAAGAGAUGAACAGCAGCAACAUCAAGAUUUCUCAGAUGACAGAUGAGAAGAGGAGGCUGGAGGCUCGCAUCAACCAGCUGGAAGAGGAGCUGGAGGAAGAGCAAGUCAACAAUGAGAUGACCAAUGAUCGUCUGAAGAGAACAACUCUGCAGACCGAGCAAUUGACCACAGAGCUGGCUUCAGAGCGCAGCAACUCUCAGCGGGUGGAGGGGGCUCGUUCCCAGCUGGAUCGCCAGAACAAGGAACUGAAACUGAAGCUGCAGGAGCUGGAGGGAACCAUCAAGUCCAAGUAUAAAUCCUCCAUAACUGCAUUGGAGGCCAAGAUUGGCCAACUGGAAGAACAGCUCGACAUUGAGUCAAAGGAGCGCCAACAGGCCUCCAGGCUCGCCAGGCGAACAGAGAAGAAGUUGAAAGAGGUGCUGCUGCAGGUUGAAGAUGAGAGACGCAACACAGAGCAAUACAAAGACCAGGUGGAGAAGACAAACAGCCGAAUGCGUCAGCUGAAGCGUCAGCUGGAGGAGGCUGAGGAGGAAGUGACACGAGCCAACGCCUACCGCAGGAAGCUGCAGAGGGAGCUGGAUGAUGCUGCGGAGUCAGCAGACUCCAUGAACCGGGAAGUCAGCUCUCUGAAGAGCAAGCUCAGACGUGGAGAUUUACCUUCAUUUACCAACAUUCGACGCACCAUGAAUCGCACGGGUCUGGACAGCGAUGAGGAAGUGGAUGUGCAGCCUGAAGCACCUGAGCCUGCAGCUGAGUGAACAGAGGAGAGCCAGGCAGCAGAUGUUUCAACGACCUCUGUCGCCAUGCAGAUAUAGAUAAUCAUUAGCCAAGCAAGCCAUCAAAUAAGACUUUUUCUCUAAGAGGAUUUAGCCUUAUAUUCCCUUCGACAAUUAUUUCAUAGCCUUACUGUUUUUCUUUCAAAUUAAUACAUUUAUAUUUGGUCAAAUGAGCAUUUCAUCUCAGUCAAUUUGAGGGGAGUUUUUCUAAAAAUGUUUUACACAAACUUUUUUUGCUCUAUUUUUCUACUUAAUGGGUAUAUAAUAUAAAGUAUUGCUCUUGUAAUCAGCUGUUUUAUCAGUACUUCAGGUUUAUGUGCUGUUGCUGAACCAUUUUGGGGGAUACACUGGACAUUUUAUGCUUGUUUUGCACACAGAUAUGGGUCUUUUGAAUUUUUGAUGCAGCUCAUGUUUGCUUGUGUCUAGAUAAAUCUGUGUAUUUGUACUGUAUGCUCUUAACUUUGACAUGCUUUCAUCCUAUUACCUCAACCAGUUUUGCACAAUGCCAACACACAAAAAAGAAUUAAAUUGAUGGGUUGAAACACAGCAAUGUUGGUGAAAAAGUUGACACAAAUAUUGUACCAUCACUUUCGGUUUCUUUGUUGAUGUAUUAAUCCUCACGGUUUCGUUUUUAUUCUUAGUCACACUGUAUUGAUUGUUCAUGGUGGUGGGUCAUAAUAUCCUAGUUUAUGCUUUAUGCCAUGCUUUGCACAGCAUAUAUGGUUUCUAUUCUAUAGUUUAUAUUGAAUAUUAUACCCUAACACUGUAUUACCAAUUAUAUCACAUGCCAUAUUGUUGCCAUUUCAAUACGAUCCUCUAUUUUAACAAAUGCCUUAAUGCAAUAAAUUGAAAAACUAUAAAAACUGA